UCAUGCUGCUGCCAGGUCCAGAGUCUCUCAUGGGUCCCUGUACGGCCUCCCAUUGCUGCUGUCUCCAUCGCCACACUCUGCCAUGUGCCACUUUCAGGUCUCCUCACACUGCUGGUGUGUUGAAUUUUUUGACAUAGGGUGCUGGCAGAUUACGGGCCUCCUAUAGCUGCUGCCAGGCCCCUAAUCUGCCAUAGGCCCCUAUAUACCGCCUCCUCAUGCUGCUGCCAGGUCCAGAGUCUCUCAUGGGUCCCUGUACGGCCUCCCAUUGCUGCUGUCUCCAUCGCCACACUCUGCCAUGUGCCA